AUUUGGUUAAGAAUAUACUUGUGAGAGAGCGAGGAGUAACCACAACCAUUCUAAAUUUGGUUAAGAGUGUACUUGUGAGAGAGAGAUUAACCACAACCAUUCCAAAUUCAUAUUCUCUCUUUAACGUUUGCCUCCUCUUCCAUGGCCAACUCCCACGUCGCAGUUCUCGCUUUUCCAUUCGGCAGUCACGGUCAGGCUAUCCUCGCUGUCACCCACCGUCUCGCCACCGCAUCUCCCUCCACCGUCUUCUCCUUCUUCAACACCUCACAAUCCAACUUUUCAUUAUUCUCCUCCGAUCGUCCGGCGAACAUUCGGGUCCAUGACGUGUCUGACGGUGUUCCCGAGGGAUACGUGCUCUCCAGAAAUCCACAGGAGGCGGUCGAGCUGUUUCUUGAAGCGGCGCCGAAGAUUUUUCGGAGAGAACUCGCGGUGGCGGAGACUGAGGUUAGUAGGAAAGUGACAUGCAUGCUUACGGAUGCGUUCAUCUGGUUCGCUGCGGAUAUGGCGGCGGAGAUGAAAGUGUCGUGGGUUGCUUUCUGGACCUCCGGACAAAACUCGCUCACUGCUCAUCUCUACACAGAUCUCAUCAGAGAAACCAUCGGUGUCAAAGAAGUAGAUGGGCGUAUGGAGGAAACAUUAGGGUUUAUUUCAGGAAUGGAGAAGAUCAGAGUCAAAGACAUACCAGGAGGAGUUGUGUUUGGGAAUUUAGACUCUGUUUUCUCAACUACGCUGCACCAAAUGGGACUUGCUUUGCCUCGGGCGACUGCGGUUUACAUGAAUUCCUUUGAAGAAUUAGAUCCUACAUUGACUGUAAACCUCAGGUCUAAAUUCAAACGUUAUUUGAGCAUUGGUCCUCUAGCGUUGUUAUUUUCUCCAUCGCAAAGAGAAACACCAUUGCAUGAUCCUCACGCCUGCUUAGCUUGGAUGGAGAAGCGGUCCAUUGAUUCUGUAGCGUACAUUGCCUUCGGUAGAGUCAUGACACCGCCUCCUGGAGAGCUUGUGGCAAUAGCACAAGGAUUGGAAUCGAGUAAAGUGCCUUUUGUUUGGUCGCUCCAAGAGAAGAACAUGGUUCAUUUACCAAAAGGGUUUUUGGAUCGGACAAGAGAGCAAGGGAUGGUGGUCCCAUGGGCACCACAAGUGGAGCUGCUAAACCAUGAAGCCAUGGGUGUGUUUGUGUCGCAUGGUGGGUGGAACUCAGUGUUGGAGAGUGUGUCGGCAGGUGUACCGAUGAUUUGCAGACCAAUUUUCGGGGAUCAUGCAGUCAAUGCAAGAUCUGUGGAGGCUGUGUGGGAAAUUGGAAUGACGAUUAUUGAUGGAGUUUUCACAAAGGAUGGAUUUAAGGAGAGUUUGGAUCGGGUUUUGGUUCAAGAUGAUGGCAAGAAGAUGAAGGUUAAUUCUAAGAAGCUUAAAGAACUAGCACAAGACGCUGUCUCUACGGAAGGAAGCUCCUUUAAGAAUUUCAAAGGUUUACCAAGGCGAACAGUGCUAAUUAAUGUGGAGAAAAAUGGGGAGGGUUCUUCUUAUUUCAUUACCGCAUGCCCCGACCGACCCUUCCCUAACACUGGUGACUAGAAAAUGAAAUCACUUCCACAAUGCAAGUGGUGAUCUCGUGUUCAAAUCUCGAUCUCGUGGCUAAAGAUUGAACCAUGUGUUGCUUUUGAAAUAUAUGGGCUUCCCAACCAAAUACUAUCUCUACACAUUCCCUGUAUUUUUCUCCGAUUUUGUUUCUCUUUGUAGAACGAAACUUUGAAAUGAAAGUGUAAGACUUAUUUAAAAAAUAAGAAAGUGAGAAUUUUCAAUU